CUUUCUUGCCAUUUCGUGGGGGGGGCGGGGGCGGCGGAGGCACCUGCCACUUUGGGGGGCAUCAGCAAGCAGGCCCAUCAACCACACACGCACACGCACGCACACACACAAGAUACACCCCAAGGAAGCAAAAUAGUUUCCUGACCCUCUCAAGUGUCUUCGCUGGAGGCAGGCUGACGGACGCUGGGAGCCAGCAAACCCGAGGGGAAGACGGAAAGCGAGGGAGGAGGGACGCGCGGGGUGCGGCGGGGGGGAGGGCGAGAGAGACAGGGAGAAAGAGAGAGAGAGAAGGAGAGAGCAGCCACCCGGGUUUGACUUAGAUAAUCAGCAAAAUUAAAAAAAGAAAAAGAAAAUUGUAGCGUCCAGGCAAAGAGCAGCGGCGCGAUUGCAUGCGAGCGUCCCCACUCCUGCUCGGCGGGCGCCAGAGAGACGAAAUGCAGCAUCCUCUGACGGGGGCCACCUGCGUGGCGCUCCCCAGCGUGGGCAUGUGUCCCCAGCUCUCGUGUGCCUUGACUUUUAUGUACUUACAGCAGGGUAAUCAGGAAGCAGCAGCUGCCCCUGACACAAUGGCUCAGCCUUACGCUUCGGCCCAGUUCGCUCCCCCUCAGAACGGCAUCCCCGCGGAAUACACGGCCCCCCACCCGCACCCGGCGCCAGAGUACCCCGGUCAGACCACCGUCCCCGAGCACACGCUAAACCUGUACCCUCCCGCGCAGUCCCACUCGGAGCAGAGCGCCGCGGACACCAGCGCGCAGACCGUCUCGGGCACCGCUACACAGACAGAUGACGCAGCGCCGACGGAUGGCCAGCCCCAGACACAACCUUCUGAAAAUACAGAAAACAAGUCCCAGCCCAAGCGCCUGCACGUCUCCAACAUCCCUUUCCGCUUCCGCGACCCGGACCUCCGACAAAUGUUUGGCCAAUUUGGUAAAAUCUUAGAUGUUGAAAUUAUUUUUAAUGAGCGAGGCUCCAAGGGAUUUGGUUUCGUAACUUUCGAAAAUAGUGCCGAUGCGGACAGGGCGAGGGAGAAAUUACACGGCACCGUGGUAGAGGGCCGUAAAAUCGAGGUAAAUAAUGCUACAGCACGUGUAAUGACAAACAAAAAGACUGUCAACCCUUAUACAAAUGGCUGGAAAUUGAAUCCAGUUGUGGGUGCCGUCUACAGUCCCGAAUUCUAUGCAGGCACGGUGCUGUUGUGCCAGGCAAACCAGGAGGGAUCUUCCAUGUACAGUGCCCCCAGUUCACUUGUAUAUACUUCCGCAAUGCCCGGCUUUCCGUAUCCAGCCGCCACCGCCGCGGCCGCCUACCGACCUGCCUACGGAGGUGUUGUUUACCAGGAUGGAUUUUAUGGUGCAGACAUUUAUGGUGGUUAUGCUGCAUACCGCUACGCCCAGCCUACCCCAGCCACUGCAGCUGCCUACAGUGACAGUUACGGACGAGUUUAUGCUGCCGACCCCUACCACCACACACUUGCUCCAGCCCCCACCUACGGCGUUGGUGCCAUGAAUGCUUUUGCACCCUUGACUGAUGCCAAGACUAGGAGCCAUGCUGAUGAUGUGGGUCUCGUUCUUUCUUCAUUGCAGGCUAGUAUAUACCGAGGGGGAUACAACCGUUUUGCUCCAUACUAAAUGACAAAACCAUAAAAACCUUCCAAUGUGGGGAGAAAGGAAGCUUUCCGAGGCCUGGGUAUUGCAAUACAUGCAGUAGUGCAUCAUUUUAGCAACUCUAAAAACUAAAAAGAGGAAAAAAAAUUACAUUUUUUAUCUUAUACCUCAGAUAUUUUGUUCUGUGUAUUUUACUAUUGUGGGUCUUUAAUUUCUGAAGGUUCUGUAGUUUGGUUGCUGGCUGUAGGAGGUUUUUUUUGUUUUUUUGUUUUUGGUUUUUUUUUUGUGGUUGACCUAGAGAGAUGCUAGCUAUGAAUAAAAACUGGUUUAGGGCCAUAUCCAGAGUGCUUUAUCAUGUAAAUGAAUUAUAUAUGCUGAAUAGUAAGCUACUGGGGUUAUCAGCUGUUCGGGAAGAGUGUAAGUGACUACAGUAGUCAUUUUUUCUGCAUCUGCAUUAUUUUAUUUUAUGAAAGGGGAAAGGUGGGAGGGACUUAGGGGAUUGGGACUGGGGUUCGACUGAAAGAAAAAAAAAAUAGUAACUGAUGAAUCUAAAUGACCCACUGCACCAACGAUCAUAUAGCAACGGUUCUAAGUUACUCAUUGUCCGUUCAGGCCAAAGGUUAUGCUGUUAAGGGGAUGCUUCUAGCAGCCCUUGUGCAUCCAAGUUGAAUGAAGCUGUGCAAACCCACCCUUUAACCUUUCCCCCUGGGCAGUAUUCAGCUUCUUAACCAGCCGCUAGUUAUUUAGGCAAAAACUGCUAGUUAGGCCAUCAACAAGCAUUCUUUUUAUAUUUCUUCCAGUAUAAUAAAUUAUUGAUAUCAUUGCUGACUUUUAUAUUAUGGGAGGGAAAAAAAUAACAUUAAUAAAAAGGUGAUAAAAAGCACUGUUUCUAUUUUUUUCUUUUUUUCCAAAAAAAGAAAGUAAUAAAAACUUAAAUUCUUUGUACCAGUUAAAAAAUGUAUAAAAUUUACAUCUGUGCAGUGGAGUUGUUAAGUUCUAGAAACAGUCUAUGAAGCUUUAGUUUUAGCCUAGUAGAACAACUGUUAGAGACAGACGUAUAAUUUUUAUGGAAUUACAUGAUAAUCAUAUUCGGAUUUCUAGAAGCAUUUUACAAGUAUUGCAAUCAUUGAGUAGAGAUAAUCAUGGUAUUUUCGUCAGCUUGGUACUUUUUGAAACAUGACUGUGUUAUGUGAGCAAGCUGCAAUUUUUCAGUCUGUGAGAGCCUGCCCACUUUCCCCCCACCCCACCCCCUAUUCGUCCUGGUCACAGUGAUGAUCUCAAACCAGUAACGUGAGUUCUGUCUCCAAGGCCCAGGACACUUGUCAGAAGGAAGCAAAAAUGUAGGUGUACCCUCCUCCUCCCCGAAGAACAAAGCCCCUCCCCCCACCUCAGAAGCAGGGCCAGAGCGACACACAUGGCCGAAAAAUUGCAGUUUGUCCGGAUGACUUCUGUUUGAACGCCUUCCAUGUUGUCCUGUUUACAAGUUAACCUGAGUUGGGGUAUCUGUCACGGGUCUUCCUGUUUUUGUAUUUAAAUGAAACAAGCAGCAGCAAGCUGUCCCCAGUAGUUUUGCUGCCCUAGUUAAGUCUUCAUGUGUACAGUGCCGGCCGUCUGGCAAGCACUUUAGUAAGUUAUCAACUCACCGCUGUGAACCUGCCAAUCCGCUGUAACAACUCUGCUUUCAAACAAAACCAAACAAAACUUAAAAAAAAAAAGUGUUUGUGAUCCAGCAUUCUUGUCAUCCUAUGUGCAUGCAGUAAGAUCGGUUGGAUAUUAAACCAUCAAUAAAGUUUCACAAGAUUUGAAAACCAAGUUUCUGUAGCUUCGAUAUCUAAGGCAGAUGACGGUUGUCUUGAACCCAGAGAGAAAGGGGGGAAACCGCUCAGCAGCCCAAAGCGUAUUAGACGUUCUUUUCCGCAGGCUUCUCUGGGUGGGGGAGGGGAGGGGCAGAGGGGUGUUUUAUAGCAUCACUAAGGCAUUCCCAUCCCCCCACCUGGGAAGCAAUGUGAUGGCAGUUGAUGUUUUGAAAGGCAAGAAUUUCUUAAAAUACCAUGGCAUCCUACCCCGGAGGGGAGAGAGAGAGAGAAAGAACAGGGGGCUAGGGAGAAUAAACAGAUUUCUCCCAAUUGCCUCAAAUUUCACACUCCAGAAUUUGCAUUGUAUUUGGAAUCACAAACAUAGAAUUCUUACUGUGUUGGUUAAAGUAAAAUUAAUUUGCAGUUUUGAUUUUCAUUGAUGAGCUGUACUUUUCCCCCAUGACUGUAUGUAGUUUUAAUAAAAUCAUUUAGAGCAAGUGGGUGCCAACUGAGGUUGCAGAUCUUCUGUCUAGGCACUCCUCCAAGAUGCCAACAAGUCAUUUUAAAAUGUAUGUCAGAGAUGUAAACAGACAUUUUGGAUUUUUUAAAACAGUAUUUAUUUGGAAUGUUUUCAUUUAUCUAAAUAACUAUUGCUAUUAUGAAUUAUGAAAAAAAGAUUAAUAUCAUGUGUGGCCUAUAGUGACUUCUUAACACACACAUCACGCAAUCUGCAAACCCAGAAAAUGUGUAUAUCUGUCUUUAGAAAUUAGUGUUUAUAUCACUUACAGUGGUUUGUGAAUAAAGAAAACUGGUUUGUAAUAUCAAAAAAAUAAAAGCUUAGUCUGAAAAGGUA